AGUUGCUAUUGCUGACGAAGUGCGCUCUGAUAUUAUUAAAUAAACAUUGAUAACAUUUCGAAAAAAUGUAUUUAUAACAACACAAACAGUAUAGAAAAUAUUGAAAAUGGAUCAGAACAACCGUACAAGAAGAGGUGACUUAGAUAUAGACAGUUUUAGAAGUGAUGAACCUAAUUUCGACAGGACUCGUAUGAGAAGGCAAUCGGGCGGCUUCGUGGAUUUAGGAAAUGAAUCACAGUACGGCACAGGUGGUCAUCAAGCCUCUGGAGCCAAUGAAAUAUUCGCCGAUAUACAGGGAGAUGUACCAUGGUGGAAGUCAAACUUCUUCAUAUCACAACCUGUGCUUUUUGGUACUUGGGAUGGAGUAUUUACAUCAUGUCUCAUUAACAUUUUUGGUGUUAUCGUAUUCUUAAGAUCUGGCUGGAUAGUAGGACAAGCUGGAUUAGUUAAUGCUGUGUUGAUAGUCAUAUUUACAGUUUUUGUAGCUUUGAUCUCAGUUUUGUCAGCAGUGGGAAUUUGUGAAAGAUGCAGAAUAGAGAGUGGAGGAGUAUACUUUUUGCUUGCUCACACAUUGGGAUCAAGAAUGGGUGGAGCAUUAGGUAUCAUUUACUGCUUUGGUCAGGCUGUUGGUUGUGCCUUAAAUGUAUUUGGUUUUGGCGAGUCGAUGGCUGAUUUAGUAAGUGCCAACAAUACCUGGGCUGCAAGAGGCUUUGCAGUGGCUGCUGUACUUUUACUAGGAACUAUCAAUGUAGCAGGUGUAAAGUGGGUCAUUAAACUACAGUUUGCACUUCUAGUUAUCAUAUUAUUAGCAGCAUUGGAUUUCUUCCUUGGAUCUCUUACUACCAUACCAGGCAGUGUACAAGGACAAUUUACUGGCUGGCUUGGUACUACAAUAGCAAACAAUACUUGGGCCGACUAUCAAGAUAACUAUACAUGGUUCAAAUGCUUUGGAGUAUUCUUCCCAACCAUCACGGGAAUCCUUGCAGGCAUUAAUAUGAGCGGAGACUUGAAGAAUCCUUCUGUAAAUAUCCCGAAUGGAUCUUUGGCAGCUAUCACUACUGGAACCUUUUUAUACCUCAUGUUCAUUAUAACACUGGCAGCAACGGUCACCAGAGAAGCCUUACUAAAGAAUUUCUCUAUAACUGCAGACAUAUCAGCUGUGAUUGUAUUACUGUUGGCGGGGUUGUAUGUUAGCUCGAUGAGUUCAUGCUUGGGGGCCAUGUACGGUACUCCUAGAGUGUUACAAAGCAUAGCCAAUGAAAAAGUCAUACCUGGCUUAGAUAUACUUGGACAUGGGAGAGGUCCGAACAAAGUACCGAUAUAUUCGAUGGUCGUAGUUGCCAUCGUGACGGUCACAUUCAUUAUAAUCGGCGACAUAAACAAGCUCGCACCCAUCGUCACUAUGCCAUUCCUCAUCACGUACGCUAGUAUCGAUUAUUCUUACUUUGCGUUAGCUCAGACAUUUGAUUUGCAACACAAACGAGAAAUGAGGUUUCAAGGACAAUCGCAACGUGACACGCAAGUGUAUGGAGCAACUGGCAGCGAUCUUGACUUACUCUUUCCUGAGAGAAUAAGACAUAAAAACGUUGGCGACUUCACGCCGUCCCCAACCGAUUCCGCAAUUAUGAACGGUCGACAGUCGAACGGCGACGUGAAUCGUCCGAAUGUCAGUGUACAUUCGAAACACAAGAACUGGUAUUCUCAUCUUUGCAACAGAUGGCUUUCGUUGGUCGGCGUAGCGAUAAAAUUAUUACUGAUGUUCUUAGUGCACUGGGCGUACGCGCUCGGGUGCCUCAGUAUCGUUUGGCUCGUGUGGCUGUAUAUCGGAGCCGCUAACCCCGCCGUCAAACCGGGCCGGGCCUCGGAGUUUAGAUUCUUCCACUGGUUGAGAAUUACCUUCCUUCAAGCUAUAGGGAAGCGUCCUUUAGAAUAUGAACAAUUGGUUGUGACUCCCGUUCACGCGGACAUUUCGAUGGAACAAGAGAGACUUAAUGACGACAACGAGGACUUCGCCUCCCGCCGCAGGUACCACCAGUCGACCGCGCUGCAGACACAUCUAGUUAACGUGGAUCACUAAAUUGUAUCAGUACCAUAAACAAAUUACGUUACCAACAAUUAAUACUUAAAUUCGAAACUUUUUUAUCAAUCAAUUGAGCGACAAAACAAUGCAUAAAAUUGUUUUGAUUUCAAUACAUUAUCGUACUGACCUAGUAGUACACGUGUACUUACUUUGACUCACAGUCUUAGAGCGACUACCUUGAAACCUUUGUGAAAAUGAUAACUCUUAGAUUGAAGAAGUGUCGCAGUCAUUAUUAGAGGGGAGGAGAGCUAUCUGAAAAAUUAAAAAUAAUGGUAUUUCUACAAACGACGUUUAAAAAACUCGUAUUCGGCAAUGACCUUGGCAUUAUCAGCGUUCUUGGGAAACAGUAACCAUUUAAAUCAAAGAGGCAGUAUUCUCUGUUGUCGAUGAAAACAAUAAAUGAGUCGACUAUUAUCAAAGGCGGCAAUGUGACUUUUGGACAAUGAUUGGUAAAUCAGAAAAA